AUGAAGUCCUCCACCAUUGCUAUCCUCGCCGCCGCUGCCACUGGCACCAUCGCAGCCCCCAGCAAGAUUUAUGCGCGAAACGGUACUACCACGACAUCAAACUUCAUUCUGCCGAACGCAAUGGCAGUCCACAGCAUUAACAGCAACGCCAACACCCCCUCUACGCAAAUCCAGACUAUCCGCCUGGGCGGCGUGGAGACUUCAACGCUCGUGUCGUUUGUGAUCCCGUCAACGGCAACCGGCACGUGCAAAACACAUAUUUCCGCCGGUCGGCUGGGCAGCGGAGACAAGGUCCAGGGCUCGCAGAUCGUGGACAUCUUCAGCACGCUGCUCACCGACAUCAACACCACUCCGUCGGGCAAUCAGCGCAACCUUGGGCUCGGUCGUCUGCGCUUCAACGGUGCGACCAACGAGUUUGACUUUGACGCGCGCGAUGUCCAGCCGACUAUCCAGACGUUUCCCUGCCCCGCUGGCAAGACGCUUCAGUGGGAGAUUGUGGCCGUUGGUGAGAGUGACGAGGUUAUCAUCGGACAGGACUUCACCUCCAGCGGCUCUGGUGUCCCCAACGGCAUCUCUAUCGAGUUCUAG